UGGUCCCUAGGCAGACACAAACAUGUUGGAGUAACUCAGCGUCACAGGCAGCAGCAUCUCUGGAGAGAAGGAAUGGGUGACGUUUCGGGUCGAGACCCUUCUUCAGAAGGAGAGUCAGGGAAGUGGAAGACACGGAGAGAAGGAAGGUUCCAGGUUAAAAAAUAAAAUUGCUGGACGAUUGUGUUAAACGUGACUUCUAACGCCUUCAACAUCACGGAUCGCAAUAUCAGGACAAAGCAAAAGGUGAGUGAAGAGCGCUGCCAAAGCCGGAAUAAAUGGUUUUGUAAUCCGGAAUUAUGUCCAACAACGGAGAGUUGGAAGACAAACCACCUGCACCUCCAGUACGUGUGAGCAGCACCAGCUUCUGCAUGAGCAAUAAGGACACUCUGUUGACCAACCAUAAUGCUAAACCACUACCAUCUGUGCCUGAAGAGAAACAGAAGCGGACAAAGCUGAAGUCAAUCUUCUCAAAUACCGGAGAGAAAGGGAAUAAGAAGAGAGAAAAAGAACGGCCAGAAAUAUCUCCUCCGUCAGACUUUGAACAUACAAUCCAUGUUGGGUUUGAUGCAGUGACGGGCGAGUUCACAGGAAUGCCAGAGCAAUGGGCUCGGCUAUUACAGACAUCCAAUAUCACCAAACUGGAACAGAAGAAAAAUCCUCAGGCUGUGCUUGAUGUGCUCAAAUUCUACGAUUCUAAAACUACAGUGAAACAGAAGUAUCUGAGUUUCUCAGACCAGCAAGAUGGAUUUCCUGCUGGCACACCAAAACGCAGUUCAAAAGGCACAGAACCUUCAAACGUACCGACUGUUCCAGAGGAGGAUGAUGAUGAUGAGGCCCUGCCUCCGGCCAUUGCACCGCGGCCAGAUUGCACCAAAUCUGUUUAUACACGUUCGGUGAUAGAUCCAAUCCCACCGACGACUGAUGGUGACGGUGUUUCAAAGGGAUCAGACAAAACGAAAAAGAAAACGAAGAUGACUGAUGAUGAAAUAAUGGAAAAAUUGAGAAGUAUUGUGAGUGUUGGAGAUCCAAAGAAGAAAUAUACCAGAUUUGAAAAGAUUGGACAGGGCGCCUCUGGUACAGUAUUCACAGCUAUUGAUGUGGCCACUGGACAGGAGGUGGCGAUCAAACAGAUCAACCUGCAGAAACAACCAAAGAAAGAGCUGAUCAUCAAUGAGAUCCUGGUGAUGAAAGAAUUGAAGAACAGCAAUAUUGUCAACUUCCUGGACAGCUACCUGGUGGGAGACGAGUUGUGUGUUGUGAUGGAAUAUCUGGCCGGAGGUUCAUUGACUGAUGUUGUUACAGAAACCUGCAUGGAUGAGGCACAGAUUGCUGCUGUGUGCAGGGAGUGCCUACAAGCAUUAGAGUUCCUUCAUGCGAACCAGGUCAUCCAUCGAGACAUCAAGAGUGAUAACGUACUGCUGGGAAUGGAUGGAUCUGUGAAACUCACCGACUUUGGCUUCUGUGCCCAGAUUACACCAGAGCAGAGCAAGCGCAGCACCAUGGUAGGGACACCUUACUGGAUGGCACCGGAGGUGGUGACAAGAAAAGCUUAUGGCCCCAAAGUUGACAUCUGGUCGCUGGGGAUCAUGGCCAUUGAAAUGGUGGAAGGAGAACCCCCGUAUCUAAAUGAGAAUCCGCUGAGGGCCUUGUACCUCAUUGCCACUAAUGGGACUCCGGAGCUUCAGAAUCCAGAGAAACUCUCUGGAAUAUUUCGGGAUUUUCUGAACCGCUGUCUGGAGAUGGAUGUGGAGAAACGGGGUUCUGGAAAGGAACUAUUGCAGCAUCCAUUCCUGAAGCUGGCUAAGCCCAUGUCCAGUUUGACGCCGCUGAUUUUGGCAGCCAAGGAUGCAAUGAAAAACAAUCGCUAGCUCUUCUCCUACGACUCCCCUCGGUCCCCCAAAGAUUGGAAUCAAAUAUUACAUUCUGCAUUGAAAUGCCGGAGCAACUGCAAGGUCCCACUCGGGCCCUACACGUGCCGUUCACCAGACAACCCACACAGCAAGGUUGAUGCUGCUUUUCUCUUUUCAAAGCAAAAAGUCCCUUUUCCUUCCCUCUACAUUUCAAUACUUGAAUUUCUGAUUGAAAGACAGAUUAGCUGCCUCCCCUGUGGAAUCUGGAUUUUUCCCAGCAUGCAGUUUGCUCUGCCAGUUGCUGUCUCCUCUGGACAUUAUGUACUGUUUCGGGUGAGUGGGGCUUCGGGAUAUUCUGCUUAAUGCCUUUUUUUUGUAUAUUAUGUAUCUCAAUGGCGAUUUGCGUUAGAAUUCGGGAGAGUUGUGUAGCUGUCUUUUGUUUUAAGUUUUCAUUGUUUGUACUAACAUUAUGGAGUUCUGUCUAGUCACUAGCGCUGGCUGGCGGGGCUAGGAUACCAGCUUCCUCCAUGCUAGUGAUUAUAUUUCUUUGUUAAUCACAAAAUGCCUUGAUGAUUAGUGUGCACACUUGAAGGAGAGCUGCAGAAGUUAAUUUUUUCUGUGGCCGUAAUUAGGUAAAUGUUAGUGAAUUCAGACUUGUAAUAAGACCCUUGGUCCAAGUUAUCUAACGGUCAUUUAUUUUUGCAGUGGGACUUAUUCUUAUGUGCAUUGAUCCAAAUUCUCCACAUAUUUAUAUUACAGCCACAACAAUGCAUUGAAUCGUCUUAAUGUUGGGUGCCUUCAUUGAUGCCACACUGAUUCCUAUAAGGUUUCUGCUGACAAAAGGAGCUGAAUGUUUAAUAUUAGAAUCAGUUGAGCAGUCUUCAGACAGUACAGUAGAGAAGCAAUGCUGCAUCAUGAUUGUAGCAUCCCAGUCUUGCAGAUUCCCAUAGUUUUAUUUAUUUUCAUUAAAAAAACACAUUAUUUUGAUUUGUUUUCACUGAUAUUUAAAAACUGCAAUGUGUUUACAAAAAGUGGUUGAUGCUUCAGGUUUCUGUAGAAUGCAAUCUCUGCACGUUUGAUGGUAGAUCACAGCAUGUACCACGUGCAUCCCCAGACAGUCAUGACUGCAGAAACUGUACCUGGAGAACACCUGACGUGCGUAUACUUCUCAUCAUGGUUCAAUGAAUCCCAUUCGGGUAUCUGACCCCCAACCCCCAGCUCAUCAUACACCUAUGCUGCUGCACUGCACCCAGCCUCCACAGAUACACUGAAAAAGUGCCUCAUUGCAAUGCAAACUUACCACUGUGCAUCACUGCACAACAAAAUGGUGUAUCAAGUCACACUCCCUGCAGCGCACUGCACAUUCCAUACAGUCCCAAAUCAUGUACAACAUCUUGUAAUGACUGUUGGUAAAAUGAUCAGCGGGUAUCUCUUUUGGGGCAUAUGGAUAGAAGGUAGUGGGGAGCAGAUUUAUUGUGUCCAUGCAAUAUAUUGUGAGACUUCUAAAAAUAGUUGCAAUAAGAUGCAGUCUCCAAGGAAGGAAUGGAUGACCAGAUAACUGAGGUCACCCUUCUGCCUUGACCUGCCUUUCCGAGCUCUGCACAGUAAUAAAUGAUUCAAAAGCUACAACCACUCAACACAUGACGGUGGUAAACUGUUAGAUGGAAAAUAUUUUGUGCACCUUUCUCAUGUUUCCUGAUAAGAGUGUUGAUAAAUUCUGUGGCUUAUUACUGCAGUAUUAACUGGUGAAAAUAUAACAAAGGUGAAUGCAUCUGUUAAAGUGCCUAACUGUUGAGUCUGAUAUUUCUGGGAAUUAGGGGUUUUGGACUCUUUUCUAAUUAAUACGAAAAAAAAUAAAAAAUUUUAGAUAAAA